AUUCCCUUCCCCCAUCUCCCCCUCCUCCCCAAUCUCCCCCUCCCCACAUCUCCUCAUUCCCCCUCCUGCCCCCUCCCUCUCCCUCUCCUCACAUCUCCUCAUUCCCCCUCCUGCCCCCUCCCUCUCCCUCCUCAUUCCCUUCCCUCUAUUUCCCCGUCCUCCCCUCGCGUUCCCCCUAUCUCCCCAUCUCCUCAUUCCCCCUCCAUCUCCCCCUCUUCCUCCCAUUCCUGCUAUCUCCCCUCCCCCAUCCCCAUCUUCUCCCCACUCCCGCUUCCCUCUAUCUCCCCCUCCCCACAUCUCCUUAUUCCCCCAUCUCCCCCUCCUCUCCCCACUCCCCAUCCCCCGCAGCUCCUCAUUCCCUUCCCUCUCUCUCCCCCUCCUCCCCCCCAUUUCCCCUCCAUCUGCCCCUCCUCGUUCCCUUCCCUCUAUCUCCCCGUCCUCCCCCCGCCUUCCCCUAUCUCCCCACUCCCCCGGCUCCUCAUUCCCUUCCCCCUAUCUCCCCCUCCUCCCCAAUCUCCCCCUCCCCCCCCCCUCUAGCUCCUCCACCCCACCCUGCCCUGCCCUGCCCUCCCCUCUCCUCUCCUCUCCUCUCCUCUAUUUUUCUCUUCCUCUCCCCUCCCCUGCCCUCCCCCCCGCUGUUCCCAGGCGCCCUCCCCCUCCGCCGGCCCCGCCCCGCUCGGUACCGCAUUGCUGUAGCGCAGGGGGUCACUGCAUUGCGCCGGCACCGGCAAUAGGGGGACCCCCUCCCAGGGAGAUAAAGCCGCCGGAGCCGAAGCUGGCAGCCUCUGCUGUCUGAGCCCGGCGCCGCCACCGCCUCCACAAAAAAACGCAGCUUUGCUUCCGCUCCUUUGCUAGCGUCGGCCCUUUCCAAUAUAACCCGAGAGGAUGGGGAAGGAGAAGACACAUAUCAACAUUGUAGUCAUUGGACAUGUGGACUCUGGGAAAUCCACCACCACUGGGCACCUCAUCUACAAAUGCGGGGGCAUUGACAAAAGGACCAUUGAGAAAUUUGAGAAGGAAGCUGCUGAGAUGGGGAAAGGCUCCUUUAAAUAUGCCUGGGUGCUGGACAAGCUGAAGGCUGAGCGCGAGCGUGGUAUCACUAUUGAUAUCUCCCUGUGGAAGUUUGAGACCACCAAGUACUACAUCACCAUCAUUGAUGCCCCGGGCCACAGAGACUUCAUCAAGAACAUGAUCACAGGGACGUCACAGGCUGACUGUGCCGUGCUGAUUGUUGCUGCUGGCGUAGGUGAAUUUGAAGCUGGCAUCUCCAAGAAUGGGCAGACCCGUGAGCAUGCCCUCCUGGCCUACACACUGGGCGUCAAGCAGCUCAUUGUGGGCAUCAACAAGAUGGAUUCCACAGAGCCGCCGUACAGCGAGAAACGUUACGAUGAGAUCGUCAAGGAGGUCAGCGCCUACAUCAAGAAGAUCGGCUACAACCCUGCCACGGUCCCCUUCGUGCCUAUCUCUGGGUGGCAUGGGGACAACAUGCUGGAGCCAUCUCCCAAUAUGCCGUGGUUCAAAGGCUGGAAGGUAGAACGUAAGGAAGGAAAUGCUAGUGGAGUGUCGCUGCUGGAAGCUCUGGAUACCAUCCUGCCUCCCACCCGCCCUACAGACAAACCUCUGCGUCUGCCCCUUCAGGACGUCUACAAGAUCGGCGGUAUCGGCACCGUCCCAGUGGGCCGCGUGGAGACGGGGAUCCUCCGGCCUGGCAUGGUGGUGACUUUUGCCCCAGUGAACAUCACCACUGAGGUGAAGUCGGUGGAGAUGCACCACGAGGCUCUGAGCGAGGCCCUGCCAGGAGACAACGUUGGCUUCAACGUGAAGAAUGUCUCCGUCAAAGACAUCCGCCGCGGGAACGUCUGCGGGGACAGCAAGUCGGACCCGCCCCAGGAGGCAGCUCAGUUCACAUCUCAGGUGAUCAUUCUGAACCAUCCCGGCCAGAUUAGCGCUGGCUACUCCCCUGUCAUCGACUGCCACACUGCGCAUAUCGCUUGCAAGUUCGCCGAGCUGAAGGAGAAGAUCGACCGACGCUCUGGCAAGAAGCUGGAGGACAACCCCAAAUCCUUGAAAUCCGGAGAUGCUGCCAUUGUGGAGAUGAUCCCUGGGAAGCCAAUGUGUGUGGAGAGCUUCUCCCAGUACCCACCCCUUGGACGCUUUGCCGUGCGCGACAUGCGGCAGACCGUGGCUGUCGGCGUCAUCAAGAACGUGGAGAAGAAGAGCGGUGGUGCUGGCAAGGUCACCAAGUCGGCGCAGAAGGCCCAGAAGGCUGGCAAAUGAAUUGUAGGCUCCCCGUGCAUUGCGCAGAAACCAUCCCCGUCACCAGGAUGCUGCCAUCUUCUCCCUGAGGCGCAUGUGUGCACAUCAGCUUGUAAGAGUUUAUAUGUCAACGACUGGAUGCUAACCAUUAAGGUCCAGUGGAAAUUCUUUAAAAGGAAAAGCAUGUUCCAGCGUUUGUGAGGCUUCAUGUUAAUUUUACCAAUAAACUGGUGCAACAUCCACAGUGA